AUGUGCAUGAAAGUAGAGGAAGUAGUGACCAGCUUAGAGCUCCGCAUUCAUCGUAUGAAUGCAUUGAAGGCUCAGCGCUGGUUGGAACCCACCACUGAAAUUGUUGAACCUGGCCGCGGGGACGGAACCGUCCCCCGCGGAAAUCUUGUUAAUAAUUUGGCGCUGUUCUUCGGAGCAGCGGUUAUUCUUUUAUUACUUGGAUGGACGACCUUCUCUUACUUGAAGAGGAGAUCGACUUCUUGGAAAAACACUAACAUCAUGGACGACACCGAACUUUUGGACGAGAAAGAGGAAGGAUUUGAUGAGGCCUUGGAUGACUUCCAUGUUAGGAAGAUUGUAGAUCUUGAGGCAAGACAUCGAAUGGAGGUUCAGGCGACGUUGGAAGACGAUGAUGAAGAGGAGGAGGAGGAGGAGGAGGAGGAGGACGACGACGACGAGGAGGAGGACGACGACGACGACGAAGAGGAGGAGGAGGAGGAGGAGAUAGUAGAAGAGAAUGAUGACUCAACAGAGGAGGAGACAGUCAAACAGGAUGAAGACCCCAAGGAGGAGGAGACAGCAGAGGAGACGGUCGAACAGGAUGAUGACUCGACAGAGGAGGAGACAGUCAAACAGGAUGAAGACUCCAAGGAGGAGGAGACAGUAGAGGAGACAGUCGAACAGGAAGAAGACUCUGAGGAGAAGGAGACAGUAGACAAUGAUGAUUACUUCACAGACGAGGAGAGAGUCGAACAGAAUGAAGACUCCACAGAGGAGGAGACAAUCGAAGAAUAUGAAGAAGAUUCCGAGGAGGAGAAGGAGGGAGAGAAAGAGAAACCAGAAGAUGAAGAUGAUCACGACGAGUUCCUGGAAAUUCUGGGGCAGUUCAUGAAUGAUUCCACAGCCUCCAGCGAAUUCCCAAGGCCAUCGCUGGUGUGUGGUCGCAGGAGGAAUGAUGUCCUCGAGGCAGUUCUCGCGAUGCGUUGGGAGAUGGACAGACUCGCGAGGGAGAAUGAGAAGCUGCAGAAGGAACGACUGGACCACCUGAAUUUGACUGAGGAACUGCAAAACAAGAAGGACAUAGAGAUGAACAAUAUUAGAACAGAGUUUGAAAGCCUUGCAGGAGAGAAUAGUAAGCUGAACGAUGCCUUGCUGGAAUGCAAGAGGCGGGAAAGGGAACUAGAAUGUCAAGUUAGAAAAUUAACCGAGGAGGUCGAAAAUUUAGAAGAAACGAGAACUGGGAAGAAAGAACAGGUGCCUUCUGAAGUACAAGGAGGCACUGAAGUCGCUGAACUGCAGAACAUUAUAGAUAAACAAGCCGAUCUAAUCAGCCGUUUGAAGAAGAAGCUUCUGGAAAUGGAAGAGGAGAGACGGCAGCAGGAAUCCGAUUUCCAAGAAUGGGAAAGGACAGUCUAUACAGUCAGGAAUGAAGAACUCCGAGUUGAAGGUAGCCUUGAAGGAAAUCAAUCAUAA